CCCGUAUAAAAUAGAUAGAUUUUGGAAAUUUGAUACGUUUAUGUCUUAUUUGUAAAAUUUUCCCUCUUUUUUGCAAAAUCCAUCGAUCGAUUUCUAGAGCUACAGCCUGACAAACUAACCCUAACUUCAUCCGAUCGAUUUCCAUUCCUAAUUUCCUUCGGAUCGCUGCCGUACUCGUAGCUAAUAUCCUUCUCAACGGGUGAUUCUUCUUCCACCGGUAGAGCACAUACUCCGUCGCCCGCCGUCAGUCCAUGGCACCCUUCAACAGUUCGAUCGAUUGAGUCCCUUGCAGCACUCCGUCAUCGUACUCCGUCGUUGCACUACGCCCGGCCGCCUUACUGCGCCUUACUGCCUCGAUCUUCUCUCUCAGGCCGACUUCAUCGCAAAAUCAGGCCACUCCCUUCUACAGCCGCAAAAAAAUUCCUCUAGCUUACCUCCUCAUCUUCUCCCUCUAAGCUUGGUGUUAAGGCUGUAACUUUCAGACAAAUCCAAUCCUCUUGUGCACCAAGAAGCUUGGUGUUAAGGCUGUAACUUUCAGACAAAUCCAAUCCUCUUGUGCACCAAGAAGCUUGGUGUUAAGGCUGUAACUUUCAGACAAAUCCAAUCCUCUUGUGCACCAAGAAAUGAAUAUUACAGCACUUCCAGCUCUUCAAUUCCAUCCGGUCUUGAAUGAUAUGAUACCGCCUCCUUCUCCCGCUAUUCCACAUGAUCAGCUACCUACGGCUGAACAUGUGGUCAUGGAAUUGAAGCAUCUAGGAUCUGUAAUCCAGGAACACCAAAGAGGGCUGGAUAUCAUAUCAACUGAGGAGCUUGCUGAGCGUAUACGCCGCAAUCAUAGGAUUGUUUCUAGGUAUUCUCAAACUGAUGGAGAUGUUGUGACAAUAGCGCAACAAAUGCAAGGUCAAAUGCAACAAAUGCAACAAAUGCAAGGUCAAAUGCAACAAAUGCAAGGUCAAAUGCAACAAAUGCAAGGUCAAAUGCAACAAAUGCAACAAAUGCAAGGUCAAAUUACAGACCAAAUUACAGCGCUCACUGCCUUGGUGACAGCUCAAAAUGGCCAAUUGAACGCGAUUGCAGGACAAAUAACUGGCCAAGGACAACAAAUUGAGCUUCUAAGUGUAAGGUUGGACGCAUCUGCUGCCCGUGCUCACAAUUCAGCAAACACGUCAAAUGCUCUAAACCUUCUUCGUCCAAUAGUGAAAACUAUUCCCAACCAUCCCGACCCACAACCACAUCCAGCUUUCCACUUCAAUGAAAACUCAUAUGCAAUUGGUACACCACCCCCGGAUGGACUUGUUCCACACACUUUUGAAGCCGUUAAUGCCAUUGAUAGUCAUAACCAGUUUGAUGCAAUAUAUUGGUUUUAUAAUGAUGCAAAACUUGCAAGAGGAGACAAAAACUUGAUCCAACGACGAUCAGCACUUGCAACAUUUAUGAAGAGCUAGGUCCAGAUGGCCUUUUCGAGGUGAAUAACCAUUGAUUGUUGCCCCUGUCAUUGUGAAAACAAGGAAAUGUUUGUUGGGAAUUGCUUCUAAGAUCUUGUUGUAUCUCGUUCAGUAUUGCAGCUCAAGUUUUUAUUUUCCUGAUUUUUAUGUUACUUAACAUUAGGAAAUAUUGACAUAACAGUUUGGAAUAUAAUUUCUCCCACAACUCCAACUUUCAGAACUAUACUUCAAGCAAAAUGCUGAAGAAAAUUUCUGACUUGAUUUGGUCAUUUGGCUUAACUUUUUUUGGUACUUUAUGCUUUUCCUUUUAAAUUGUUGUAUGAUCCUAAAUAAAUAAGUACAACGUAUUAGAACUAAGAGGAUCUUCAAUGCAUUCAAGUCUAGUCCAAAUAAAGUGUGACAUAUCA